UUGCAGUGACUGUGUCCAAACAAUUCGGUUGGCCGACUUGCCGCGUCCCAUUUGCUUGGCCGGUCGCCAUGCCAAUCAAUCUCGAAGAGCUUGAAACCGCUAUUCAGGAAGCUCUAGCAGCCAAGGACAGUCACCAAAGUACUGUGUGCUUAUCGGAGGUGAUUGAGACGCUUCAAAGUCCCUCCGACUUGGCAGAGUCGUUCUGGCCUGGCCACUCACCCAAACAUGGCCCAGCCAGAGACUACUCGAGGGUGACCGAAGCCUUCGAUCAACUGGUCAAGAAGGGCAGUUGUCGAUGGUCCUCCGAGUUAGCUGAUCUCGUUCGUGGUGCUGCUGCAUGGGCGAUGCCUGCCUUGCCUAGGCGCCCCUUUGCACACUCCGAUUUCAGUGACCGCUCAGAGACAGUCAAUGCACCUUUCGAGGUACAGGAGUGCGAUUUAGACCUGCUGGACGUUUCAGAACCUGAUAAAGCAUCUUCGCCGGCAACUGGAAGUACAGAGGAGCCGAAGGAUGCGACGGAUGUCGACAUGGACAUUGACCUGGACGAGGAGCCGUCUUCGCCCUGCAUAACAUGGUUAUCGGCUCUCUUGUCAGCCCUUUUGCCCUUGUUGACGAAUGCGCUACCACGUGACCAGAACGAGGUAUGCAUCAUUCCACACCCACACAAGAUGGAGCGGCAGGAGGCUGGAGAAGAAACUCUCUACCUGCACCUUGGAACCUCGGGCCGGCGGCCGGUCUUCAACACCAAGAAGAUCUGUGACAACUGCGGAACUCGAAUAACGGACCGCUACUACUACCACUGCUCAGAGAACUGCGACAUUGACUUUUGCCAGGAUUGCCAUGCGAGAUCCAGAGAUCUGUUGGAUGCAUUUAUGGUCGAGGUCGAUGAGGUCAACGAUGAGAACUUGUCCAGAAGGCUUUUCUGGGUCGUUGACAUUACCGAGCGGAUAGGAUGGCACGUCCUGCAUCUCAAUGCUGCUGACCGCAGAAAGCUGGCAAACGAGUUGGCUUUUGAAUGGCCGACUUCCCUCUUUGAGAGAUUAGCACAGGCCGCCAUCGAUGUGGUCAAUGCCCGUGUGGUUCAUGUCCAGGAUGUAAAAGACAUCCAGUCUGAUGAGAGGUUUUGGUAUGCCGUUGGUUGGCUUCAAUUCUUAUACAACACCAACGAGUUGCCUUGCAAGACAAGGCGCCUUGAAGAGCAGAGCAGUCGAGGUCCAAAGAUUGACUACGAACGCUUUAUUCUUGAAGGCAUCAACAAAUGCGAACCCCUUUCGGAAUUCCAGCGGUGGCGAAAGCAUCCAAGCGCCAAGGUGCCAAACGUCGUGGACAUCCGGCGCUUCAGAAUAACAGAUCACUUUUGCUCCUUUCUCACUCAUAGCAACCUGGUGCCUAUGAACUUUCGCAGAGUUUGCUUGCUGUGUGAUGUUUGGGAGCAGAUGCAGAAUGGACACAUCGUGCCACUUCAGCUCGAGGUUCCACGCGAGCCAAAACGGCUCAUCCAAGCUGUGGUGGAACGAUUUGGUGCAUGCUCCAACCACUCUGACCUGCGACAGCCGCUACGGAUUUGCUUCCAAGGAGAGGAGGCCGGAGGACCAGGAGUGACCCGUGAAUUUUUCCAGGUUGCCUUGCGCAGCUUCCUGGAUGGUGAGUUUGGAGAUGAGAAGUUGUUUGUUUACGAUGAACAGUCUAGAAUGUACUGGUUCAACGAACAAGCUAAGAAUUCUGAACAAUGCUUCCGCUCGUAUGGCAUUCUUUUGGGCCAGGCUGUGCUCAACAACACUCAUGUGCCGAAUAUUUUCCCGCGGGCUCUUUACGAUCGACUCCUGGAGGCACUCGUCUCGCCUUGUGCGCGGACCUUGUGCCUAGAGGACCUGGGGGCCGUUUGUCCCGACACGGCCAAGAGUUUGCGUCAGAUUCUGGAGUACACCGAAGAGGACAUUGCGGAGGUCUUCGGCGAAUUGGCCUGGCCUCGCGGAAAUCGAUUAGCAGAAGACCUGUCGAUUUCUCAAGCGAACAAGGGUGAGUUCAUACAGGCCUACAUUGAUUGGUUCUUCCAUGAGAGAAUAGACUCUCAGCUGAGACCUCUUUGCGAAGGCUUCAAGUCCAUACUGGGUGGCUCGUCACUGCUUCGUACCAUCGUCGAUGCCGUUCAAUUGGAGAAAAUUGUUUGCGGAGGAGCAGACAAAGUUGACGUCAAUGCCAUCAGAUCUGGUGCAGAGAUAGAGGGAUGGACAUCAGAAGAAGAGUCCGACUACUUGCCCUGGUUCUGGGAGGUGCUGGCAAGUUUCAGCCCUGCUGAAAAGGCUCAAUUUGUGGUCUUCGUCACAGCCAGUGACAGGGUCCCGUUGAGAGGAUGGCAGGCCCUAGGCCUUAUUGUGCAAAAGAAUGGCGUUGGAGACGACCGUCUACCUUCAGCAUACACAUGCUUCAGCCAAUUGCUUUUGCCACGCUUCUCCUCUAAAGAGAAGCUUCAGAAGGGCCUGCUCCUAGCGAUCGCAAACAGUGAAGGCUUUGGUCUGAGGUGAGACAAUUUCUCAUCCAUUAGAAAGACAUCUGAAUACAAUACGAGCAACAGAUACGGAC